CUAAGGACGAGGUGCUACAGGGCUCAGCGCCGUGACAGCUUACUAUCCUCAAGCACCAUACAGCUAUUAUGCCCUUGAUGCAUAACCUACGCUUUAUUAUGUAGCAUACGUGCAUAGUUAGGAGGUCGGAAGUCCGGGUACUAGGAGUCUAGGACUCGGGCCUCCUGAGAGUAGGUCGACCGGCUUCCGCAUGAAGCGGUCCUACACAGACGGUGAAAACCCUGUCAACUAUAGCAAAGAUACGACUGUAAACGGUGGGGGCCCCGAGCCCAAGCUCCGUAUAGUCGGCGUGACGCGCCCAUGCCAUGAUGUGCACACCUCGAACGGGCGUGGGAACACCGGUCCGCAAGAGCCAAAGGCCUUCACAUCAGAUGCGGAGCACCCUGCCAGACAAUCCAGCAUUUCUUUGCUCCCGGCGCAAUCCACAUGUCCAGCGCAUUCUGGUUGCAAUCCCCAACCGCAUGGUUUGGAUCGUGUAGGCCAGCACUUAGCACAUGGUGGUCCUACUACAUCUGCUGACCGGCUAGGAAUUGGUGCAGUACUGCAGCCAUGGCAUCAACAGAACCAUCAGCAGCCACAGCAGCCGCUUCCUCAUGCUCAAUGGCAACAGAACGCUCGGACCCAGUCGCAGCCGCUACCUCAGCCUGGCUAUGCAACCCACCCCCCACCUCAACACCACCAACCAUUGCAACCGACCCAAGUCCAGCGCCCUCAGCCGCCCCCACAGCGGUGGCAGCAACCCUGGCAGCAGCCCUCCACAGCUCCUACUUCCUUGAACCCGCAGUGCCACGCCCACAUACCGCCACCGCGGUCCGCUCCGCAAGUAAAUUCAGCAGCUCCCCAGUCGUCCACGGCACAGCCUACCCACCCUCUCAACGGUUGCCCACAACAAACGCUGCGGACCCAGGAGCCUGCGCAGGCAUCCCUGCAGCGCUCUGGAGACCAAGCGAGCCUGCAUUCCAAUAUAACCCAAGGACGGCCCGAGGCUGUACGGCAGAGGCCGCAUAUGGAACGGCAGCCGCCGCCAUCUGGGUCGGGGCCGCAUGCGCCCCUAGCCACUGGCUACGGAGGCUCCCAGCCAUGCAUCGUGGAGGGCUGUAAUGGAGGUCAGCAAUGCGGCGGACACAGAUCCAUGUCACAGCCCGCGGCGGAUUCCUCUGCGCAGCCUCGUGCCCAGUACGCUCCCGCCGCCCCAGAGCAAGUUCCCAACCCAGCGUGGAAGCAGCAGCAGCAGCGGCCAAGGCCUCUGUUGCGGCACCAUCAGCAGCAGCAACAGCAGGUUCAGCAGCAGGCGCAGCGCACAGCCCAGAUGCAGCAGCCCGUCGCUCAGCAUCAUGGACUGCAGCAGCAGCAGCAACACCAUCACUGUCAACAGCCGCUGCACCAGCAACCUCACGCGCAGCACACGUAUCUCGGACCGCAGGGCCAACAACAACAGCAGCCGCAGCAGCAACAACAGCAGCCGCAGCAGCAGCUGUAUCCGCAACCGCCGCAACAUCAGCAACACCCGGCUGUACAACGACAGCCAGCUGUACAGCAGCAACGCCAGCACCAACCCAACCAACCACAGCAGCCACAACCGCUAGCGCAGCAGCCGCAGCAGCCUUGCCACCCACAACUACAACCACAGCAAGAAGAGCCGAGGCAGUUACCCUGCGCGCAACAUGCCACAGCAACAGGUGCCGCAUCCCUUUCUUCCAUCCAGCCCUGUGUACCGUCGGUGGGCCCCGAGGUUGCAGGUGAUGGUGUUGACCUCUUUACGGCAAAUGGGCUCUUGUCUGCUCCAAAGGCAGCUGGCGCGAUUACCGGUAGCACCAACCAGCCUGUGUUGGAGGGGCCGGCGAGCGAUCCUCAAUCACGAAGCGGCUGCGGCAGCAGGGGUGCGGACGCACCGACCGUUGGGACGCUGAACGUUAUGCCUCCUAUUGAGAAGCUAAAGCGCCCGCUACGCAUGAAGCUGUCAGAGUGGAUCCCGCAUGCCGGCGUAACGGCGGCGUUCGAGGCCAAGGGCGUCACGAAGCUGUAUCCAUGGCAGGCAGCAGCGCUGGAGUGCGGUGAAGACGGUCAUAACCUGGUCUACUGCGCACCCACAUCAGGCGGCAAGAGUAUGGUAGCUGAAAUCCUCAUGAUCCGCCGUCUCGUGGCCGCCUUUGAACGCCAAUCACGACAGCCGCGACCCAUGGGUCCAGCACAGCAGCACGCCCGACCGCCUCCGCCGCCUCGCGCUCUCCUCGUCCUGCCAUACGUCAGCAUCGUGUCUGAGAAGGCGGAGCACCUGACGCGCGUGUUGGCGCCCAUGCGUGCGAAAGUGCGGGGCUACACUGGGGCCGAGCAGACCGGCUCGCCGCUGUCUGCGCCGGACGAGAUCGUGGCGGUGGUGACGAUGGAGAAGGCCAACAGCACCGUGAACCGGCUGAUCGCGGAGGGGCGGCUGGGGGAGCUGUGUUGCGUGGUGGUGGACGAGGCGCACAUGGUGGGGGACCCGCACAGGGGCAGCAGCCUGGAGCUCUGCCUCACAAAGUUGCGCUUCGCCGCUGCUGCGGCCGCUGCCGCCAAGUCCGCAGCAGUGGCCGCAACAGCAGCCGGCAACUCCGAAUCAGCGGCGGCUGCCGCGCAAGCCGGGUCGUCCAAGUCAGGCGCUGUUGCAGCCUCAGCAAAGUCCCCUUCAUUAGCAACUGCAGCGGCAGCAGCAGCCGAAUUCUCUUGCCAGCUGGUGUGCAUGUCAGCUACCAUGUCAGGCCUGGAUGACAUGUGCGGCUGGCUGGGCGCUCGCCUCUUCAUGACCAACUUCCGACCCGUACCCCUGACCGAGCAUGCCGUGUUUAAGGGAAGGGUGUUUCGCAAGCUCUCCCAGCGCGAGAUGGAGCAGCAAGCGGCAGCCAUGACCCGAAAGGAUCAACAGCAGCAGCAACAACAACAGCAAGCUGCGAUUGGGACAGACACCAACACCGGCUUCAAGCCCGCCAGCGCCGUUGCCGCCGCCGCUGCUACAGCCACAAGCAUCAAAGCGUCUUCCUCCGGGGCAACCACCACAACCGGAAACGGCAGUAGCAGCAGCAACAACAACGCAUCCGGUUUCACCACCGCAACGGCGGCUGCAAGCGGAGGCGGAGCGGUUUCGGAGCCCUUAGUUGAGGAGCGAGAGCUGCCGGAGAGCAGUCCCAAGGACCCAGAUCGGUUGGUACCCCUGGUGGCGGAGGUGGCGCGGGAGGGGCACUCCACGCUGGUCUUUUGCGCCUCACGCAACGCAUGCCAGGGCUGCGCAGGGUUGCUGGCAGAGCUGCUUCCUCAGCAGCUAGGGCCUGCGAGCGCUGAGACGAUAAGCGCCCGUAAGGCCCUUCUGACGGACUUGCAGGAUGCGAGCGGCGGGUACCUGAGCCCCGAACUUGGGAAGCUUAUAAUGGCGGGUGUGGCCUACCACCACGCGGGCCUCACCUCGCAGGAGCGCGGGGCCGUGGAGCGGGGCUUCCGCGGCGGCCUCAUCCACACCCUCACCGCCACCUCCACCCUGGCAGCAGGCAUCAACCUGCCGGCACGGCGGGUCAUCCUGAGGUCGCUGUGGCAGGGUAUCGGCCCCGUAAGCCGAGCGCAAUACCUCCAAAUGAUCGGACGCGCUGGACGAG